AAAUACUGUGUUUGUAAAAGCUAAAAGACAUUUGUACACUCUUGUUCUUCACAUCCCUUCACGAUGGCUUUUUUUCUUGUGUUACUCAAAAGAGUAAUAUUAAUAACAUGUGUUCUACUGAUUUCUGUCUAUCAAGGAACCUCUAGGCCAAUGUUCAUGGUGACAUUUCCAGGUGUUAUAAGAUCAGGCUCUGAAGCUAAACUAUGUGUAAGCCUUCUGAAACCAGAAGAAAAUUUGCAGCUUACUAUUUCUCUGGUUUACUUUAACCAGAAGAGAACACUUCUACAGGAGAGGACUGAGAAGGAAUUCCACCACUGCCUUGACUUUCAGGCUCCUAAGUCUGAUUCAGUGCAGGAGAUCCAAGUGGAAGCUCAAGGGAAAAACACUCAAACGAUUGAAAAGAGAAAAGUCAAAUUCAUGUCAUAUAAUCCACUUACAAUAAUUCAAACAGAUAAACAAAUCUACAAUCCUGGACAAACUGUUCAGUUCAGGAUUUUCACAGUGGACCUAAAUUUUAAACCAGUUGAUGAAACAUACAAACUCAUAACAGUGCAGGAUAAUCGAAUGAACCGGAUUAAUCAGUGGAUUAAUGCCACAUCAACCCAUGGCAAGAUUCUGCAACUAUCCCAUAUGUUGAAUCAAGAGGCACCUGUUGGUUCAUAUGAGCUUUUUGUAGAGACUAGCAAACAAACAAUUACAAAAAAAAUUCUUGUUAAGGAGUAUGUUCUUCCGAAAUUUGAAGUGAAAUUAUACAAGCCGAAGACAGUGAGAGCGAAUGAAGAGGAAGUAAAGCUGGGGGUAUGUGGGAGAUACACCCAUGGACAUCCUGUACAAGGUAGUGUGAAGAUGGGACUCUGCAAAACCGUUCCAUUUUAUGCCCCUCAGUAUCAAACUCCACUCUGUGUUAAUAGGUCAGCAUUACUGAAUGAGACUGGCUGUGUCUCCGAGAUGUUUCCCAUGUCAGGCUUUAUCAAAAGAUCGGAGAUGUAUAACAGGGAACAGUCUCUUGAUUUUACUGCAUCAGUAACUGAGGAGGGAACAGACAUCUCUAUGGAAAAGAAUGAAAAUAUGAUUUUGACCUAUACUAUUGGUAGCAUCAAAUUCAUUAACCUGCCAGAGUUCUUUGAAAAAGGAUCAGUCAUACAAGCAAAGUUUAAAGUUGAGCUCUCCAAAGGAACCCCAAUUCCUUACUUUAAGGUUGUUGUUCAUCAUGGCCUGUCUAUUCCUCAAGAAAUUACCACAGACAUCAAUGGGUUGGCCCAUUUCACAAUUAAUACAUCCCUUACAAUAACUACAUAUAUGCAUGUAUCGGCACAUGCUUCAUCAAACAGUCAGUUUAGUUCUUCAUACCAUUUUGAUUCUGCACGCAAAACUCUGCAAAUAAAACCCAAAGAAGGCCCAGAAAAAGUGAGUCAGCUGGUUAUAAAGGCUCUAGAGGAACCGCUGAAAUGUGAGGAGGAGAUCUCAAUAACCGUGCAGUACACUAUUGCUGGAGAGACUGUUGAAAGUGGUUCUGUUACCAUAGUCUACCUGGUUUCAUCCAGAGAAGAGAUAGUACAACAAGGCUAUGAAAAUGUUAAGGUGAAAAGCUCUGAUGGAGUGGUGGAGGGAGAAGUGAUGUUUAAAGUCCCUGUUCAUGUCCGGAUGGCUCCUAAGAUGGAGUUUCUUGCGUACUGUGUGCUGCCCAGUGAAACUGUACUAGCUGCUUCCAGAACAUUUCAAACUGAGAAAUGCUUUGAAAACAAGGUGUCACUGCGGUUUUCUCCGAGUACAGCUGUCCCUGGUGAAGAAAACAUUCUCCAGAUCUCAGCUCAGCCUGGUUCACUGUGUGGACUUAGUGCUGUAGAUCAGAGCGUCCGGAUUCUAGAGUCCGGAAAACAUCUAGAUGCUGAAAAAAUUUUUAAGCUGUUGCCAAUCAGGCUUUUUCCAAAUAACAUUGAAGACGAAGAGGAUUGUUUAAAUAUUAGAUCCAUAAGAAAGCCCCGGUAUCUCCCUCCUUCACCUCCCUAUAGUUCAUAUAGACGGUUAUCCCCAUACUAUGACCUUUCAGAGAGGACAGCAGAUGCUGUCUAUAAUACAUUCAGGAACAUGGGGCUGAAGGUGGCAACAAAUUUGAUCAUUAGAAUGCCGUCUUGUAUUAAAAUCAAAGAUGUAGUUUAUCACAGAAUGGAAAUGUGCAACAGAUAUGGUUUUAUGGAUUUUGGUUGCCCUCAAGUUGAAGGUUUGCCAGGUCUGCCGGGUCCCAUGGGUCCCAUGGGUCCGCCAGGUCAGCCGGGUCCAAUGGGUCCAAUGGGUCCAAUAGGUCGAGGAGGUUCAGCUGGAGGCACAGAAACUGAAAACACACCUGAAGAAAUUCCUGAAGAAACCAUUCGCACAUUCUUCCCAGAAACUUGGAUCUGGGAACUUGUUGAGAUGGGGGACUCUGGAUCAGCUCAUGUUCCUGUCACGGUUCCUGACACCAUCACCUCUUGGGAGACGGAGGCCUUCUGUCUGUCCUCCAAAGGUCUGGGUCUGGCUCCUCCUGCUCAGCUGACAGUUUUCCAGCCCUUCUUCCUGGAGCUCUCUCUGCCUUACUCCAUCAUCCGUGGGGAGAUCUUUGAGCUGAAGGCCACUGUCUUCAACUAUCUGUCCAAAUGCAUCAAGGUUAAAGUGACUCCAGCUCCUUCCUCAGACUACACUCUCAAAGCCUCCUCUGAUGAACAGUAUUCAUCCUGUCUGUGUGCUAAUGGAAGAAAAACCUUUAAAUGGAUCCUCACUCCUUCUGUUCUUGGAGUCUUGAAUAUUACAGUCAGUGCAGAGGCUAAGUCGUCCCAGACUGUGUGUGACAAUGAGAUUGUGAGCGUGCCAGAGAGAGGACGCAUUGACACAGUCACACAAAGCUUGCGUGUAAAUGCUGAAGGAAUUGAAAAGACUAACAGCCACAGCUGGCUGCUUUGUCCCAAAGGGCAAAACCUCUCAGAGGAAGUAGAGCUGACAUUUCCCAAAAAUAUGAUAGCGGGAUCAGGAAGAGCUACUGUUUCCGUGCUUGGAGACAUAUUGGGUCGCGCACUGAGGAAUCUUGAUGGAUUACUACGGAUGCCGUACGGCUGUGGAGAACAAAACAUUGCAGUUCUUUCUCCCAAUAUUUACAUUCUGCAGUAUCUGGAAAACACGGAACAGCUCACCUCAGCCAUCCGAGAGAAAGCCACCGGCUUCCUUAAGAGCGGGUACCAAAGACAACUCAACUAUGAGAACUCGGAUGGAUCAUAUACUACAUUUAAAAAGGGAGAAGGAAAUACAUGCAGGCUGACCGCAUUUGUGCUGAGGACUUUUGGGAAAGCACAGCGGUACAUCUUUAUUGACCCCCAAAAAAUUCAGAAUAUAAAGCAAUGGCUGAUACGCCACCAAAGACCAGCCGGUUUAUAUGAGACCAGGGGAAAACUCUUCAAUAACAGAAUGAAGGGUGGUGUAAGUGACAAUGUGACCAUAACUGCCUAUAUAACUGCAUCACUUCUCGAGCUGAACACAUCCGUUACGGAUCCUUCUGUGAGCAAAGGUCUGUCAUACUUAAAGCGUUUUGUUGGUGAUAACCGAAACACUUACACCACUGCUCUGCUCGCCUACACUUUCAGUCUGGCUAGAGACAAAGUGACUCGAGACUAUCUUUUAAAAAAGCUAAUGGACAUUGGGAUUUCAGAAGGGUCUCAUCUCCACUGGUCUCAGUCUGCUUCUGCUGAUGACUCUGAUUCUCUGGCAGUGGAGAUCAGCUCAUAUGUGCUGCUAGCUGUUCUCUCUGCUGAUUCACUCACUACAGCUGAUCUGGGCUUUGCCAACAGGAUUGUCAGCUGGCUUGUGAAGCAGCAGAAUGCCUAUGGAGGAUUCUCCUCCACACAGGACACAGUGGUGGCUCUUCAGGCUCUGUCUUUGUACGCUACCAAAGUGUUCAGCUCUGACGGCUCCAGCACAGUGACUGUACAGUCAGCAGCAGACACUCACCACUUUGAUGUCAAUCAGGACAAUAAGUUACUGUACCAGGAGAAGCAGCUGCAGGACGUCCCAGCCAAAUACAGCAUUGAAGUGAAGGGCUCAGCUUGUGUGUCUGUGCAGAUGUCUCUUUUCUACAAUAUCCCCACUCCCAAGGAUUCUAAAGCAUUACAAAUCUUUGCUAGGACUGAAGGUCUGUGUCAGAGCGGGAAAGAACAAAUUCUGGAUGUCGUAGUAGAUAUUAUUUAUACUGGGACACAAGACAGUUCAAACAUGGUCAUUGUAGAUAUGAAACUCUUGUCUGGUUUCAAACUAGAGCCCUCUUCCCUGGAUGUGUUAAAGAAAGCAGUGCAUCGUGUUGAAUCCAAAGACGACCACGUGAUCAUGUAUCUUCAAGAGAUCCAAAAGAACAUGUUCCUUCGCCAAACACUACGCAUUAAACAAAUCUUCUCAGUUAAAAACCUCAAGCCGGCUGUUGUAAAAGUCUAUGAUUAUUACCAGACCAGUGAGCGAUCUGAAGCAGAAUACUUUAAUCACUGUGCCUGAGGAAGGAUGCCACAGAAGAGACAACAUGUCUUUACACCAAUUCAGUGUAUAAUUUUAGGUUAUUAAAUUGAAUUGGCAUGUAUAGUUAUGUACCUGAAAGCUUUCGUUUUCGUAUUGUCUUUUAGGUUCCCAAUUAUUUCAUGCAUGAUUAGGGCUUUUCAUUUGUGUUUUAUUAUUAUAAAGCACACAAAUAUUGAGAUGUAUGUAAGCCUUAGCUCAUAGAGGCAUUAUUAUUUUAGAGAAAUAUUAUGCUUGUUAGUCAUUAACUUUUAAUAACACAUUAUCUUUAUAGCAAAUAUAAUUGUUUUGAUUGCUGUUUACCUAUUCUCU